AGACGACGGCAGUCGUCUUACUUUAAGUUCUUAAUCUCUCCGGGAAAAGAAAGCUCAGCAACUUUGCGGAGUCGGUGAAUUUGCUACACUUUCACCUUGUUUCUAUUCGAAGGUUUCUCGGUUGAGCUUGUGGCCGGGCACUGGAAUGACGGGGUGUGCCGAGAAUUUGAAUUAGCUCACCGUUAGUAUGAAGAAAGAGUGAGUCUGGGUAGAGAGAGGAGCCAUUUUGUCCCGACUGUGUGGGAGAAAAGAAAGAGUGGAAAAGAGGAAUCGCGCUGGAGGACCUCACGUUGUCGCUACCUUUUCUCGCGCUUUCAAGAGGGACACAGUCGGGCUUUUGGACUAUAACUUCUCUGACGCGUUUUAUUUUGUGGUGGUAUUUAGCCAACUAGCUUGCCAAAGCUAAUCAACAAAUCCCAGGUUUUCAAAAUCGGGGCAGUUGGUCAGGUUGGCUUCGGAGCUGGCUUCAGACUUCACAUAGUCGUGUUAGGAGAUUUUUUUUUUUUUGUAUCAGUGCAGGUGCAUACUCACUAGUUUCAAUGGCUAAGAAGACAUACGACUUGCUAUUCAAGCUGCUUCUCAUCGGAGAUUCGGGCGUGGGGAAGACCUGUGUGCUGUUCCGCUUCUCUGACGACGCCUUCAACACAACCUUCAUCUCCACCAUAGGAAUCGACUUCAAGAUCAAAACUGUGGAACUACAAGGAAAGAAGAUCAAACUACAGAUCUGGGACACAGCCGGACAGGAACGGUUCCACACCAUCACCACCUCCUACUACAGAGGAGCCAUGGGCAUCAUGCUGGUCUAUGACAUCACCAACGCCAAGAGCUUUGAGAAUAUCAGCAAAUGGCUGCGCAACAUUGAUGAGCAUGCGAAUGAAGAUGUUGAGAGAAUGCUACUAGGGAAUAAGUGUGACAUGGAGGACAAGAGGGUGGUACCAAAAGCUAAGGGAGAGCAGAUUGCGAGGGAGCACAGCAUUAGGUUUUUUGAGACGAGCGCCAAGGCCAACAUCAACAUCGAGAAGGCCUUUCUCACGUUAGCAGAAGACAUCCUCAGAAAGACGCCUGUAAAGGAGCCUAACAGUGAAAAUGUGGACAUCAGCAGCGGAAGCGGAGUGACUGGCUGGAAGAGCAAGUGCUGCAGUUGAACAACUCGCAUCGACACAUACACGCACUCACACACACAUGCACGCACGACACCCUCUCUUUCUCUAACUCUCUCACCCUCUAACCUGUCUCAUGAGUUUUCUUGCACACUGACACUCUUUAUCAGAAUAAAAACAUAAACCACUUCAUCCAUUCGUCUAACCCCCACCGCCCCCUCCAUCUUCUUCCACUUCCGCCUGAUGAGCUCCACUUGUUUCUUGUUUAGUUUUAAAGAUUAUAAAAAAAAAAAAAAAAAAAAUUAAAGACAAGCUCAUAUUUGUAAUAUUAAAAUAUUUCCUUUGCCUGAGCUCACCGCUUAUCAGCACCCCCCUCCCCCAACAGCGACCAUGACAUGAUGUCCCCCUCCCUCUUUUCGGACACUCAUUGUCUCCUCAAGUGUUUGCUCAAUUACAAUUUGUUACCAAGUGACAGAGGUGUGGCGAGCUCCUUUUCUAAUGCGGGGUUUCUUUUUGUCCUGUGCCUUAUAUGGAAGACAGGGGCGGGGCUGUGUCGUGGGCGGAACCACAUCCACCCAUUGAAAUUACACUUUACUAAAUCAUUGUCAGUUUGCGCUUCCUGCGCGAAAGCAAACUGAUGCAGAAGCGUUUGAAUUUCUCCUGCAGCCAAGAGAACGGCAUUGUCCUGUUUAUCCAUGUCUCAUUUUUACCUGUAUGAUUUUUUUUUUGUUAUGUUUUUCUCUUCCCAAUUUGGGUUACUUUUUCAGUUUGUUUCCUGCAUGCAGAUUUCUUUGGGUUGGAAGCGUUUCUGUAACAUUAUGUAAGGUAUGCCACUGGGUAACUUUGGGUGGGAGGUUCACAAGUUCUCUUUGGAAAUUCAAACAGUUUUGCAGAUCCAUUAAAAAUAAGCUUGUUUAAGUUAAA